CAGAUCGCUGUGAAAGCUCCAACUGACAUUUUCGUUCUACUCUGAAAUCGUAAAUAUUGUAUUUCGCAAUAAGGUAAGUUGGUCUAUUUUGUCCUUGUUUAUGAUCAUCUAAUCAUUCGUUCAUUAUUUUCAUUCUAGUAAAUAUGACACUUGCUGUAAAAGCCUACCUGACUUUGAAAGAUCGUCAAGAAAUUCGUCGAUUUGAAAUUGAUCCCGCUGGAGGGUUUGGAAUUUUACAGAAAAAAGCAUUUUCAAUAUUUCCAGGUUUGAACCAAGACGCCAUUAUUUUCUCUUGGAAAGACGAAGAAGGAGAUGUGAUUAAUUUCUCAACCAGCGAAGAACUCUGUCAAGCUAUUUCUGGCUCGAAAAACUUACUGAAGAUAUAUCUUACCGAUUCGUUAGAUGUAGCUAGUAAUUCAGAGCCUUCUGGACAAAAACAUCCAGGUGUUAUUUGUGAUGGUUGCGAUGGUGAUGUAGUAGGGUACAGAUAUAAGUGCCUACAAUGUCCUGAUUAUGAUCUUUGUUGGAAGUGUGAAAAAAAGAAUAUUCAUGUUAACCAUGUAAUGGCCAGGAUCACCGAUCCGAGUCAUACCCGUUUCCCACGUAUGUUUCCUUUUGCUGGUGGAUUUCAGCGUCACGGUUGGGGACCUCGCGGUUGCCACAAGGGUAGAGGUGGCCCAAGAGGAUGGUGGGAUGGAUGGUUCAAUCGAUUUGGUCAGCAACGUCCCGAAAAUUGCGGCCCCAAAACUGAGGGGGCUACUAAUUCAAAUGAAGCCCCAACUGAAGAUGAAAGAAAACAGGAGGAAAUAUACUUAAAAACUAUUGGAGAGACUGUUUCCGCCAUGCUAGAUCCAUUUGGUGUGGAUGUUGCAGUCCAUAUUGAUCAUAAUGGAAAAAGAGAAACUGUUUCUGGCGAGAAGACUGCAUCUUGCCCCGAAGCAGCAUCAGAAUCAAAAGAACAAGAAACAAAGAAACCCGAAGAAAAGAAUCCAGCAGACUGGUGCAUGGUUGAUGAUGACAUACAAGAGGCUGUGUCGAAAUCCUUAGAAGAAAAACGCGUUAACGAAAUAGUUUCGAAACUUCAAAAUAUGGGAUUUGUAAAUGAUGAUCAAUGGUUGACCAAUCUUGUCAAAGAAAAGAAAGCCGAUAUGAACGCCGUACUUGAUGCGAUACACUUUAAAGUUUAA